AUGACGGACGAGUUUCUAAGCAAGACAGAGGAUAUGCGGCUGGUGCGUGCUCUAUAUUGCUUCCAGCUCUACUGUAACCUGCUUGGCGUCAGCCGUUACCGCAGUGUCUGGGAUCGUAGGUGGGGCUUUGAUGAUGACAGUGAUAUCUUCAAGCUGUUUCUAUGUAUAUAUGAGUCUUGGGAAAUCGAGGGGAUUGCCUGCAUUUACAAAUUUGCUGAGGAGGAGCUUGACCGGAUUUUCAGUGAUAUCUACCAUGAUGUACACCUUACAAAUCCAAAGGUUGAACAUUAUCCACCCACCACAACAAGAGCAUUUGAUUUUGAUAGUGAAUGGAACGGAGAAUGUCUACUGGGGGGAACACUCUCCCGCGGCCUCGAGCUUUUGCAAUGUGUCUUUCAGAUCAAGGAUCACACAGUCCUGGUCUCAACAAUGCAGGAGCGCAUUGAACGACCAACACUCAAAUUCCAAGAUAAAAGCCUGGAUGAUACAACACAUGAUGUGCGGCAGCAAGAGUUACAAGAAUUAGGUGAAGGGUGGCGCGGCCCGUCACCUUUUCAAGGUGAAAAUGAGAAGCAUCCACCGCUGUCAUGCACAAUAGCAUGGCGGGAUUUCUACACCAGUGCAUGGCUAUCUGAGACUAAUGGUGAUAUCCGCCGCUGGGGACACAUUAUGUGGGAUGCGGCACGACUUGAGCGCACGGGUGCGAAAGACUUGUUGAUUCGGAAGCAGGAGGAGCGCUGGAAGGGUGAGGAGUGGAAUAUUCUGGAUUAUACAGUACCAGUAUAG